UUUUUUUAUUGAAAAAUUUAACCUCAAAACAUAACUCAAAUACAAUGCAUCUUUGUUGACCAAUGUUCUAUAAAUCUGAAAUACUGUGUUUAUAAUGUUUUAGUUUAGUUUGGUAAAUUAUAUAAAUAUAUGCGAUUGUAAUCUCUAGAGCAUUUGAGAAACAGUAUUAUUCAAACAAAAUAAUGGAAAGACUUAGAUAUGAAAAGAUUUCAUUCCUUGGAGAGGGACAGUUUGCAACAGUGUAUAAAGCUCGAGAUAUUACAACUAAUGAAGUAGUAGCUGUAAAAAAGAUCAAGCUUGGUAGCAAAGCAGAGGCCAAAGAUGGAAUCAAUCGAACAGCCCUGAGGGAAAUCAAACUACUACAAGAACUUAGUCACAAAAACCUAAUUGGUCUUUUAGACGUGUUCGGCCACCGAUCCAACAUCUCGCUGGUGUUCGACUUCAUGGAUACAGAUUUGGAGGUUAUUGUCAAGGACUCGUCCAUUGUCCUCACCCCCGCCAACAUCAAAGCCUACAUGAUAAUGACACUGGAGGGCCUGGAAUACCUGCACAUCAACUGGAUCUUACACAGGGAUUUAAAGCCUAAUAAUCUUCUAGUCAAUUCAAAAGGAGUGUUGAAAAUCGGGGAUUUUGGUCUGGCAAAAUUUUUUGGUUCGCCUACCAGAAUAUACACUCAUCAAGUGGUAACAAGAUGGUACAGAUCACCAGAGUUGCUGUUCGGUGCACGUAUGUAUGCAGUGGGUGUGGACAUGUGGGCUGUGGGGUGUAUACUGGCAGAACUUCUGCUGAGAUUACCGUUUCUUCUGCCAGGAGAGUCAGACUUGGACCAGCUCACCAAAAUUUUCCAGGCCUUGGGCACGCCUAGUGAGGAGACCUGGCCAGGGGUGACAAGCCUGACAGAUUACAUCCAGUUCAAGGCCUUCCCCGGUACUCCACUAAACCACAUCUUCACCGCAGCUGGAGACGAUCUGCUUGCUUUGCUCGCAGGUCUUCUCUCUCUCAAUCCACUCAACAGGCUCAACUGCGCUGAGGCCUUGCAGAUGCCUUACUUCAGGAACAAACCACAUCCAUCUCUGGGGUCUCAACUGCCAUUACCGUCAAAUAUCACUCAGCAUGCGGAAAGACCCAAUCUGAAGAGGAAACUGGCAGACAAGCUUGAAGGGGGUGUUCAGCCCAAGAAACUCAUGUUCGACACAACCUUCUGAUAAGUGCCUGCCUCGGG